AUGGAUUCUUCCACAGAAGAUAUUGAUGCUAGGCAUGGACGCAACGCAGAGCUUUAUAAUGCUCUGAUGAUCGAUGAAAAUCAGAACAAGGUGAUUGAGCUCUGCAGUAAAGUUCCAGAUCAUGCAUUGCAUAUACUGACAGUACAUGAUGACACAGUAUUGCAUAUGGCUACUUAUUCCAAAAAGAGCAAGUUAGUGCUCUCACUACUAGAAGAGUUGCCAGAUAAUUGUCUUGACAAAAUGACCCGUCAAAAUAAAGCUGGAAACACUAUUCUUCACGCCACUGCUACCAGCGACCAUGCCCUUCAUGUCGCGAAGGAACUGUUAAAGAAAGCGCCGGGGUUGCUGGGAAUGCGCAACAACAGUGGAGAGACUGCUCUCUAUCAUUCAGCACGCUCUGGUAAAACUGAGAUAUUCCGCUUUCUUGCUGAUAAAAUCCGUGGUUAUGAUCAAGUCAGUAAGCAAUCCUUCCUCCAGCGGGGUGAUAAAACCACCGCCCUUCACAUUUGUGUCCUUUUUCACCACUUUGAAUUGGCCCUGCAAAUUGCAAAAGAUCAUCAGUUUUUGAUUAACGAGAAAGAUACAGAUGGACUGACCAGCCUUCAGCUUCUCUCCUUAAAGCCAGAAGCUUUUAAACGCAAACAUGGAGAUGGAUUUCUCAAGAAACUCAUCAACAGUGGUAAUUAA